AUGGUGCUGCCCCAGAUCCAGGCCCCGCACCGCGCAGAGGAGCUCCCCAUUGGGCCGCCAGCACAGGCAGAGCGGAGCAGACAGUACUUCUCACCUGGUCCCGGUGGCAGCAGGCUCUGGUCGUCCCUGAUGGAUGGUCUUAGCUCGGCCUCCGCGGUGCGUUCAGGGACCUCCCGAACGCUCCGAGACACCUGCCUGAUGGAUGGACUGAUCCAGGACAAGUGCACCUCGGUCGGGCCAGAUGUGGGAGCCGGGGGUCCUCUGUGGGGUGGACUGACGAGGGGAAAAAGGGGAGAAGAUAAAAAGCGGAGGCAGCGACCUACACAUGUUUCUCAUUAG